AAUUUGGAAAAGGAAAAUUGGAAUCCGUCUCAUCUUCGCUUGCUCUCUUCUCUUCUCCGAGGUGCCAAACAUAUCCGUCCCUUUCCCUCUCCUCAGCUUCGCGUCAAUUCCAGAGAUCAAAACCCUAGCCAACCCCUCCUCCUCCUCCUCUUCCUCGCGAUCCACCGGCGAUGGCCUCCGCCCUCGGGGCUCAGGCGUCUGUCGCGGCGCCCAUCGGUGCGGGCGGCUACGGGAGGAGUUCCUCGAGCAAGGGUAGCAAUACUGUUAACUUCUGCAACAAAUCAUGGAUUGGAACCACAUUAGCAUGGGAAAGCAAGGCCCUAAAAUCAAGGCAUAUGAACAAGAUCUUUUCCAUGUCCGUUCAACAAGCAAGCAAAAGCAAAGUUGCUGUAAAACCUCUGGAAUUGGAUAAUGCGAAGGAGCCACCCCUUAACUUAUACAAACCAAAGGAGCCUUACACAGCCACAAUUGUCUCAGUCGAAAGGCUUGUAGGCCCUAAAGCUCCUGGUGAAACAUGCCAUAUUGUUAUUGAUCAUGGUGGCAAUGUUCCAUACUGGGAAGGACAAAGUUAUGGUGUCAUUCCUCCAGGAGAGAACCCGAAGAAACCUGGUUCCCCAAAUACUGUCCGGCUCUAUUCUAUUGCAUCUACUAGGUACGGUGAUUCUUUUGAUGGAAAGACUGCCAGUUUGUGUGUUCGUCGUGCUGUUUAUUAUGAUCCUGAAACUGGAAAAGAAGACCCCACAAAGAAAGGUAUCUGCAGUAAUUUCCUAUGCGACUCUAAACCAGGCGACAAAGUUCAGAUAACAGGCCCCUCAGGCAAAAUCAUGCUUCUACCUGAGGAUGAUCCAAAUGCAACCCAUAUCAUGAUUGCUACUGGCACUGGUGUUGCUCCCUACCGUGGCUAUCUACGUCGUAUGUUCAUGGAGGAUGUCCCAAGUUUCAAGUUUGGUGGUCUGGCUUGGCUAUUUCUAGGUGUUGCUAACACUGAUAGCCUUCUGUAUGAUGAAGAGUUCACAAACUACCUUCAGCAGUAUCCAGACAAUUUCAGGUAUGAUAAAGCACUAAGUAGGGAACAGAAGAAUAAGAAUGGUGGAAAGAUGUAUGUGCAGGACAAGAUUGAAGAGUACAGCGAUGAAAUUUUUAAACUUUUGGAUGGCGGUGCACAUAUCUACUUUUGUGGUUUGAAGGGUAUGAUGCCAGGGAUCCAGGACACACUCAAGAGAGUAGCUGAGCAAAGAGGUGAGAGUUGGGAGCAGAAGCUGUCGCAGCUCAAAAAGAACAAACAAUGGCACGUGGAGGUUUACUAAGUUACUAAAAAGCACGGGCUGUGAUUUUGUGAUUGUUUUGCAGCGAGUUGAAACAUAAAACAGUAAAAAGCGAUGAUUCUCGUUGCAUUGUAAAAUUGUCAAUCUUAUUCAUAAGCUUCUGCUUGACAUGGUGAAUAAAAUGAAGCAUAUGCUAAUUUUGACUUAGUAUUGUGAAA